AUGUCUAGUAAGGCUACUUCAAACAUAACUGUUAAAUGUCUAGAUAUAAACACGUCGAGCCAGCUUCCGGGCACGUCAUUCGCUAUCGAGCUGGCGCCCAGGCAGCCGCUCGCUUCCCGCGCUUUUUACACGUUCCAAAUAAAAAAUUGUGUAAAAUUUAAUUUAAUAAUUAGUGUUUGCGGUUUAACCUCAACAUUAAAAGAAACGAGAAAUAGCAGCAUGCGUCCUUUAUUAUUAGUGUUAUUCGUGGUGGGCCUGUCUAGUGCAAGAUGGGUGAGCAAGGGCCGAUCAAGCGGUCCUAAGGACACAAGUUUCGUGGGAGAAGCUACUAACGAACUCGCUACAGCAAUCUUUCAAGGUUAUAUCGACGAUGACAAGAACAUUGCCUUCUCACCUCUAGGUUAUUCCGCAAUUCUUGCUAUCCUUGCUGAAGGAGCACGCGGAGAGACGAGAGAACAAUUAGUAUCAGCUCUGCACCUUCCGCAGGAUGAUAACUUUACUAGAAAUACUUAUCGGUACAUCAUGGAGAGAUUGAGAAAUACUCAUGAGUACAAAUACAACCAGCCCGAAUUAAAGAAUUACUUCUACAUCUACAAAAACUAUACCAUUAAUGAUGAUUAUAAAAAGAUUUUGGAAGAUUAUUAUUUGACUGAGGUAAGGUCUGUUGAGAGAUACAACCCAGAAUUGGAGAUUCAUGAGGAAGACGAGGAUGAGAAGGGUGAAUUCAUAAUAGAAAUCCCCGAAAAAACUGAAAACAGUAAAAAUGAGGAAAUCCCUGAACUGAUGCCACCUAAAGAGUCUGAUGAGAAAUUAAUUUCGUUUGCUGUCGAAGAUACUCCCGAAAAAGUUGACAUUACCAAGAUGGAUUAUAAGCCUGCUAAGAAUAUUAAAGAAAAAAUCAAGCUGGAGAAAACAUACUCUAAAAAAUCCGAAUCCGAUGAUGAUGAGGAAACCAUGGUUGCCGUUGAAGCUAGAAAUCAUGCCAGGAGCCUCAAAGGAGUCCAUGAGAUACGGGAUGUUUCGUCUAGCCUUUCUGUUAACAGCUUUGGAAAGAAAUCCAUUUCUGAUUCGCUGAUGCUCAUCUUCAACGGCAUGUACUUCCGUGGCUCUUGGAAACAACCAUUUGAUAUCAUCGAUAGUGGUGUAUUCUAUAAGUCUAACACUGAGAAGAAACAAGUGACAAUGAUGAAGACCAAAGGCAGGUUCCAAGUUGCCUCUCUGCCAGAACUGGACGCUGAGGCUAUCAAACUCCCUUACGAUGGUGGACGGUAUGCUCUUCUCUUGGUAGUCCCACGCGCUCGUGAUGGUCUCACUCGCCUUACUGCAGAUCUUCCCAUUGCACCACUCUCGGACAUUCAAGAAAGUAUGAAAGAGAAGGAAGUACAAGUAUGCCUGCCUAUGUUCUCCGUUGAAACCACAACAAAACCGGUCGCUGCUUUGGCUAAGUUUGGUGUUAGUUCGAUCUUCAAUCGGGAUGCAGACUUGACUGGCGUAUCAUCAGAUUUAGGAUUAUUUGUCAAGGAGCUGGUGCAACAUGUCUCGGUGCGCGUUGAUGACACAGAGAGCUCGGCUACUGAGAUGUCAGCUUCCGACACCGUGAUGGAACAAACGAAGAACAUCCCAUUACCACCGCAGAAAUCAAUUCAACGCUUUAGUGUUGAACAUCCUUUCAUUUUCUAUAUCCUCGAUACGCUUGAUAAUCUAAUCGUCGUAGCCGGUAAAGUCAUUGAUCCUGAGAAACCAUUCGCUAUCGGUGAUUCUAUUCCUGUUUAG